AUGAGGCGUGCAGCUCGGUUGCUGCGGGGCGUUGGCCAAGCUGCUCAGAGCCGCUUUGCUGCAAGCGGUGUUCGGUUUAUCGCGGUGGACGCCCUUUUGCCAAGCGACGACUUCAAGCCUCGCCACAACAGUGGCAGCCCAGCGGAAAUCGAUGCGAUGGUUAACAUGACGGGCUUCUCGUCUCUCGAUGCGCUAAUCGACGCGACGGUGCCCAAGGCCAUCGUCCGGAAGGACGGCAUGGACCUGGGCAAGUACCACGAGGGCAUGACGGAGAGCCAGUUCCUCUCUUACUUCAAGUCCAUGGCCGGCAAGAACAAGGUGCUCAAGAGCUUCCUGGGCAUGGGCUACUACGACGUACACGUGCCGCCGGUUAUCUUGCGCAACGUGCUGGAGAACCCUGGAUGGUACACGCAGUACACGCCGUACCAAGCGGAAAUCGCGCAGGGCAGGUUGGAGUCCCUGCUCAACUUCCAGACCAUGGUGUGCGACCUGACUGGCAUGUCCAUCAGCAACGCUUCCCUGCUGGAUGAGGCCACUGCGGCUGCGGAGGCCAUGACCAUGUGCUCUGCGGUGGCCCGAGGCAAGAAGCCCAAGUUCCUCGUGUCGAGCAAGUGUCACCCGCAGACCAUUGCGGUGUGUCAGACGCGCGCUGAGGGACUUGGCCUGGAGGCGGUGGUGGCGGACGAGGAUAAGUUCGUGUACGGCAAGGACGUGUGCGGCGUGUUGGUGCAGUACCCCGCGACGGAUGGCACUGUGUCGGACUACAAGGCCCUGGUGGCCGCAGCCCAUGCUGCCAACGUCAAGGUUUGCGUGUCCACGGACCUGUUGGCGCUGACCAUGCUCACUCCGCCGGGCGAAUGGGGUGCCGACAUCGUGGUGGGCUCGGCGCAGCGGUUCGGUGUGCCCAUGGGCUAUGGCGGCCCCCACGCCGCCUUCCUGGCCUGCCAUGACGAGUACAAGCGCCUCAUGCCGGGUCGCAUCAUCGGCAUGUCCAUCGAUGCGCAGGGCAAGCCGGCUCUGCGUAUGGCCAUGCAGACCCGCGAGCAGCACAUCCGUCGUGACAAGGCCACGUCCAACAUCUGCACGGCGCAGGCGCUCCUUGCCAACAUGGCGGCGCUCUACGCGGUGUACCACGGCCCCGAGGGCCUCAAGACCAUUGCGCGCCGCGUCAACGGUUUGGCCUCCGUGCUGGCUGCCGGAGCGUCCAAGCUCGGCCACGGUGUGCCCUCGGCGCCCUUCUUCGACACCGUCACGAUGAACAUCCGCAAGAUUGCGCCCAACGCCAUCAGCAUCGCCUUCGACGAGACCAGCACCCUGGCUGACGUCGAUGCGCUGCUGCGGGUGCUCAACAACGGCCAGGACGCGCCAUUCAACGCCGCCGCGCUGGCGCCAGCAGUGGAGGGCGGCGUGGGGCCCUUUGCUCGCCAGUCACCUUUCCUGCAGCAGCCCAUCUUCAACACAUACCACAACGAGCACGACAUGCUGCGCUACCUCAAGCGCCUCGAGAACAAGGACCUGAGUCUGGCUCAUAGCAUGAUCCCGCUGGGCUCCUGCACCAUGAAGCUCAAUGCCACUUCGGAGAUGAUGCCGGUCACCUGGCCUGAGCUGGCCAACCUGCACCCGUACUGCCCGCCCGAUCAGGCGGAGGGCUACAAUGAGAUGUUCCGGGACCUGGCUGCCCAGUUGUGCUCCAUCACGGGUUUCGAUGCGGUGUCGCUGCAGCCCAACAGCGGAGCCAGUGGGGAGUAUGCGGGCCUUAUGGCCAUCCGGUCCUAUCACCUCGCCCGUGGCGACGCCCACCGCAACAUCUGCAUCAUCCCGGUCUCCGCGCACGGCACCAACCCCGCCUCCGCUGUCAUGGCGGGCAUGAAGAUCGUCACCGUGUCCACGGACGCCCAUGGUAAUGUGAACAUCGCGGAGCUCAAGCAGAAGGCCGAGCAGCACAGCAAGAACUUGGCGGCGUUGAUGAUCACGUACCCUUCUACGCACGGCGUGUACGAGGAGGGCGUGGACGAAAUUUGCCGUAUUAUUCAUCAGCACGGCGGCCAGGUGUACAUGGACGGGGCAAACAUGAAUGCGCAGGUCGGCCUCACAGCCCCCGGCAUCAUCGGCGCUGACGUCUGCCACCUUAACCUGCACAAGACAUUCUGCAUCCCCCACGGUGGCGGCGGGCCCGGCAUGGGUCCCAUCGGCGUCAAGGCCCACCUGGCUCCCUACCUGCCCACGCACCCUGUCAUACCCACCGGCGCGCUGCCUGUACGGCCCGCCGCUCCACAGCCCUUCGGCACCAUGGCGGCGGCGCCGUAUGGCUCUUCGCUCAUCUUGCCCAUCUCCUUUGCCUACAUCUCCAUGAUGGGAUCGGGGGGUCUAACGAUGGCCUCCAAGCUCGCCAUCCUGAAGGCCAACUACAUGGCCAAGCGUCUUGCCGGCCACUACCCCGUGCUGUUCACCGGGCCUAACGGUACCUGCGCGCAUGAGUUCAUCCUGGACUUGCGACCACUCAAGGAGACUGCUGGCAUUGAGGCUGAGGAUGUGGCCAAGCGCCUGAUGGACUACGGCUUCCACGCUCCCACCAUGUCCUGGCCGGUACCGGGCACGCUCAUGAUUGAGCCCACGGAGUCCGAGUCCAAGGACGAGCUGGAUCGCUUCUGCGAGGCCAUGAUUUCUAUCCGGGAGGAGAUUCGCGAGAUCGAGCAGGGCAGGGCUGACCGCGAGAACAACGUCCUCAAGCAUGCGCCGCAUGCGCCGUCGGUGGUUCUUGUGGACACCUGGGACCGGCCAUACACCCGCGAACGCGCCGCCUACCCUGCGCCGUGGGUCUGGCAGGCCAAGUUCUGGCCGACCGUCAGUCGCGUCGACAACGUGUACGGCGACCGCAACCUCGUCACUCGGUGGGCGUCCGCCGAGGCGGCGGAGCCAGUGGCUGCUACCGCAUAA